AAAUGGCGAACAGUCGUUGCGCGUACCUUCGACGAAUAUAAAGUGUCGGGCGUAAGGCUGCUGCUGGGCCGCUUCAUAGCCGCCACAGUAAAAUUAAAAUCUUAAAAAUUCUAUCAGUUCGAGCGUAGCCAAGUGAUUUAAUUAUUGCUUUGGUGCUAAUUACUUCGAUAUACCUUCAACUUAAAACUAUCGAUAAUCAAUCAAAGAUUUACUAGCUAUUAGACAAAAUAUUCAAAAUGUCCAUGACAGCAUUGGGUAUUAGCACUGCCUUUAUGGUUGGCUGUUGCAUUGCUGCACAAAUCGCCAGGCGUUUAGCAAAGAAGUUCUUCAAUGAAGAGGGUAUGGUGCCGAUUUUGAUGAAUGAGGCCAUAGCAUCAGCGGAAUUGUGUGCCUGUUGCUUUGAGUUGAUCAUUGUGGCCGAUAAUUUUGGUGUAGCUGCCUAUGCAGUAUUUCUGUUCCUGUUGACGGUGUGGUGGGGCAAAGUGUGGGGAGACGCCUCAGCAUGUCCUUACACACAUAUGGAAGAUAUGCUGGAAGGAAAAAGCUCUUUGAAAGAAGUGGCCUUACGUACCUGGGCUGAACUUAUGGGUGGCUGCUGUGUUUAUCGUAUUGUUCAGGUAUUUUGGUGGUUCGAGUUUGCUGAAACCCAUGAGGGCAGGGCUUUUGAAGAAUGUAAUGCAGAUUUGCAGGUUAAUCCUUAUUUGGGUGCUGCCAUUGAGGGCCUGGCAACUCUACUCUGCCGCUUGGCCUCGAAAACUUUAAGCGAAAAAGAUCCCAAAUUUUGCAGCAUUAUCGAUUCGUUCAUUGGCACUAGUUUGGUGGUGGCAGCUUUUAACUUUUCCGGCGGAUAUUUUAACCCUGUCUUGGCUACAGCCCUGAAGUGGGGCUGCCGCGGUCACACCAAUCUAGAGCAUAUCAUUGUCUAUUGGAUUGGUGCCUGUGUGGGAGCCAUUCUAUCGGUGCCGCUAUUCCGUAUGAGAGCAGUACGUAAAGUUCUGCUUGGAGUCGAACAACCGCAAAAGGAUAAAAAAGAAUGAAAAAUUAAAGUAAAAAAAAUUUAAAAAAAAAUUUGUUUUGAAUAUUUUGUUAUAAUUUGUGUAUUUGUUAUUGUUUUGUGGCGAUUUGUUUCUGUUAUUUAUACGAAACUUAAAAGAAUGAGAUUAUUAUUAUUAUUUAUUUACUUAAAUGCUAUUGAAUACUACUACUUUUAGUAUUAACAAUUAGUCAAUUAAAGUACUUUAACAUAAAAGGCUAUUAAAAGUUUAAACCAUUUAAAUAUGAA